AUGGAGGCCUAUGAAUUGAAGAGCCACGUGUCCGUCGCCAGUAGGUCCAAGGCACAAGUCGGCUCGUCCGUACGGGAGCGUGAUAAUGCGCAUCUUCAGCGGAUGGGAAAGAAGCCAGUUCUCAAGCGAAAUUUUGGUAUUCUCUCCAUCCUCGGGUUUAGCUGUACCAUUUUGGGUACUUGGGAAGGCUUGCUUGGAACCUUCACUGGGCCGCUCGCAAAUGGUGGCUCCGGCGGAGCGAUCUAUGCCUACAUCUUCGGAUGGGUAGGUACAUUUGCAAACUUCAUGGUCUUGGCGGAGUUGGCCUCUAUGGCCCCUACCGCAGGAGGCCAAUAUCACUGGGCUGCCAUGCUUGCCCCAGCCAGGCUCCAGAAGUUUCUUAGUUUUGUUACUGGUAAAUUCUUGAUCCACAUUGAAAUUUUGGGUGAUCUAUCUUUGCUGACUUGGAGCAAAAUAGGUUGGUUUGCUGUUCUCGGGUGGCAAAGUGCUUUCGCCGCAUGUGCCUUCCUGACAGGAAAGAUGAUCCAGGGUGCUGCGAUCGUAGGAAACAAUCUCUACAAUGCUCUGCCUUGGGAAGGCACGCUGAUUAUCUGGGCCUCAUUGAGUCUCGCAUUGCUCGUGAAUUUGGUAGGAGGGAAGCUACUACCUCGUAUUGAAGUAAUUAUUUUGGUCGUGCAUAUUCUUGGCUUCUUCGGUAUCCUGAUCCCCCUUGUUUACAUGGCGGAUCAUAAUACAAAAGAGCAAGUUUUCCUGUCUUUCGAGAAUGAUGGAGGCUUUGCCACGCAGGGGCUAUCCUGGUUUGUUGGCAUGACCAGCUGUGCCUUUGCCUUUGCUGGUGGCGAUGCUGCAGUGCAUAUGUCUGAAGAGGUUGCAAACGCAUCGCGCGUUAUUCCUAACGCACUUAUGCUCAGCGUUGGAAUCAACGGCUGCCUCGGCUUCGGAAUGAUUAUUGCUAUGAUGUUCUGCGCUGGCGCCGACCUUGGUGGUACGCUUGGGAAGAUCACUGGUUAUAACUUUAUGGGGAUCUUCGUAGAAGCAACCAACUCAGUGUCUGGCUCCUUGGCUAUGAUUGCCAUCGUGAUUAUUAUCUAUGCUUGUUCGCUCAUGGGUCUACUGGCCGCGGCAUCUCGCCAGCUCUGGUCUUUCUCCCGAGACAGGGGAGUUCCUGGGUGGCAAUUGUGGAGUCAGGUUUCGACCGGCAAGCAGUUACCUAUCUAUUCCAUCAUUAUCACAGUGACCGUCGCUACACUGCUGGCCCUGAUUAACAUUGGCUCCGAUGCAGCUAUGGAGGAUGUUGUAUCCAUGGCAGUGUCAGGCAUCUACUUUUCUUAUCUGAUGGUUGCAUCCUUGCUCUUUAACCGCCGAGUCCGCGGUGAUAUCUCCCGCUUUAAUGACAACGAGGACGAUAUUGUCAAUGUGCCCGGUGCCAAACUUGUCUGGGGACCCUUCCAUUGUCCCGGCAUAGUGGGUACCGUGAUCAACGGUUAUGCUAUCAUCUACAUCACCAUCGUCAUCUUUUUCAGCUUCUGGCCAUCUGAGAUGAACCCUGGCAUUGAAGGGAUGAAUUGGAGCAUUCUGGCAAUUGGAGGUAGCAUGUUCCUGGCCAUUGUAUAUUACAUUCUGCGUGCCCGUCACAUCUACUCGGGCCCUAUUGUGGAGGUUUCUAGGUAA